GAAGCUACUAGGAGCAAAGGGCAUCGAUACUAGGAGCAAGGACGCUACUAGGGGCUCCUGGCCUUACUACCAGGAGCAAGAAGCUACUAGGAGCAAAGGGCUAUAUAGAUGACAACAAGAUGACAACUUCUCUUGGUAGCAAACAUCUCACUAGUCCAGUGUUGCAAGUCUAUCUAAAUUCUCCAUCACAAGCAGCUAGACGAUGUAGCUAGUAGCUUCGAGUUCCUGUAACUCAGACCUUUGGAGACAUUUGCAUUCUUCAGUCUUCAUCAUUCGUCAGAGCAGCUGCAGACAAGAUGCUGCUCAAGCUUACGUCCCUGCAAGCGUCCAUCAAGCCUGAAGCUGUCGAAACCAUCGACGAGCCAGUCUGGGAGCUAGAGGAAAAGAAUGUGGAGGAUGGCGCCGAAGUCCAAAGGAAGCUCAAAACAAAGAUGGCCAAGAGGCUUGUAAAGAAGACAAAGAAACUCCAUGACUUCUUAGAGGAGCACGGCUUUUCAGAAGAUGUGAACGAACCGCAAAAACCUUCCUGCUUUUGUAGACGGGAGUGCCUGUAUCCAAUCCAUGUUGCCACGAAGAAUGGCGAUGCCGAAGUAGUUCGGCUCCUUAUUGAUGCAGGUGCGAAUCCUUCUCAAAAGACCUCGAAGGGACGCAGCACAGUGGGGAUCGCUCAGAAGGCCCACCACCACCAUCUCGUCCCCAUCCUCGAAGGGGCGAAACCUUUGUCUGCCCGUGAACUCAUGAAGAUUCAGAUAGAAAGCUGCUGACCAAACGUGGUGAUUCAGCUUUGUCAAGCUGCGUGAAAGCAUGAGAAGAGCAAAAACUUUGCAUUCGCUUUGUCAAAGACACUACGAAUGCGCUUGAAGCUGUGGAGAAAAGUGUCCAGGAGAUUUUCCCUGUCGCCUUACAGCAGACUCCUGCUUGUCAAGGCGACAGAAAUCCACCCUGCCUGGGCAGCUCCUGAAAGAGCCGAGAUGCACGAGAUGCAAAGUGUAAACAUCAUUCUUCUUAGCAAUGGCCUCCCGGGCCUCCUAAAACAGAGCUGUUUUCCUGUGAAACCGAUCCCCAGAGCAAAGAGAUCAAUCCAGAUCAAUUGAUCGUUUGGAGCACUAAACAUCACCUGUCCUUCUUUGUCGUUGUGAAGUGCACCAGAUCUGGGGAGAGGUUCUACCAUUUAUCAAGCUUUGCAGUCUCACCAGUAUUUGUUGGCAAACACCUUCGAUGGUCGUUUAUGUGGCCUACUCUUUCUGUCUCCUUUGGGCAGAGAAGAGCUUCACAGAGCUCUAGUCUCGACCUUCGCCCUCAGACAGGAUCAUUUUCAUGAGGGUGAUGUCGAUCCGGUAGAUCUUCAUUUUGCAAGAUGAACAUGGCGUGACAAUGGACGGGGUGGACGAGUUCUGGGUAUUCCGCGAUGGCCCACACUGUUUGGGCGGUACGAAUUGGUGCAAAUAAAGCAAUCUGAUUCGGGCACUUUAGCAAUCCCGGCAGUUUAGGCUGGCCCACAUGGGCAUGGGAAUCUACUUGUCCUCCAUUCGAUGAGAAAGACUGAAGGGAAGGACACAGACAAAUUCGUUCGAUUUUAGUAGACAAGAGCCAAGUCUUCGAACCUUGCACGGUUUCCUUUUGUACGCCUAGGUCUGAUUGUUCCAGUUUUUUCUUUUUGCGAUUCCCGGCUAGAGGAAGC